AGGUUCAAUUCUAAUUUGCGAGGUUUCUCAUUUUUGCUUGAAUUUACAUGGAACCCGAGAAAACAAUUUGCCGCCGAAAGCAAUUUUGCUCAUUGAUAACUGUCCGGCCCAUGAAGAAUUGCAAACUGACGAUGGAAAUAUAAUUACGAUUGCUCUGCCACCAAACGUUACGUCUGUGCUACAACCAAUGGAUCAGAGUCCAAUAAACGUGUUUAAAAUGAAUUAUCGCAAACUACUUUUGUCGUCUGUUGUUGCAAAUGAAAACACAAAUAUUAUUCAGGCUUUGAAAGAACAUAACAUUCGUGAUGCAAUCGUAAUGAUGAAAGAUGUUUGGGCGAAUUUCUCGAACACUCUUCUGCAAAAUUCAUGGUCAAAGAUAAACAACUGGGAUAAAGAUGAUUACACAGAAGAGGAUUUAGUUCCAUUGUCAUCAUUAAGAGCACCAACUGUUGAUUACGAAAACGUUUUGGGUGAAGUUCAAACACUUUUGAAUUCAAUUGCACCGGACAGUGAAAUAGCAACGAAUGAAAUCGAAGAAUGGAAUAAUGACACAACAGAAAACGUUGAAUUGGAUGACGUCGACAGUUCUGACUCAGAAGGAGAAGCAGCGGCUGUAGUGAAAAUUCCACAUUCUGACGCGAUCGAUCAUGUCAACAAAUUAAUCGAAUGGUGUGCCCAAAACGAAAGUGUUGGUAUCAAACAUACAUUCAGUCUGUUAUCCCUUCGUUCCGAUAUUGUAACAGCACACACAACGAAAGCAACAAAGCAAAAGCAACUAACGGAUUAUUUCAAAUAAAAUCAAAAAUUAAUAUUCCUUAUAUAAACACAAACAGUCAUAAGUAAUAAGUUUUGUUUUGACUCAUUUUUUUUCUUCUACGUUUGUAAACAAACUAUUUAUCAUCAUUAAAAUACUUGUAAUAAGCAUGUAUCGCACGAAUAUGAUUAGAAUUAUGAUGUUUUUGAUUAAACAAUCAAUUUCCCUUAUCAAUUUUGGUUUUGCUAUUGGAUUUUUGAUGAAAAUGAAAAAAC